GGAUCAUGGGAAGGGGAGGUGAAGAUAGUUUAAUUAAGGUCGUAAGCACCUUUUUAACACCCGCCUUCCCGUCACCGGCUCCUCCUCCCUAAAUCCAAAAAAAUUUAAACAAUGUCGUGGUUUGCUCGUUCUCUUGCCAACUCCCUCCGACUCGACGACGAUAAGGACGACGACGACAACGAGCAUAACGACGUCGUAUCCGAAUGCGCUCACGAUCCAGACCCGCCACCAUCUUCAUCUACCAAACUAGCACCAGCACGCCAUCAACAACAACAACAAUACGAACCCGAAGAUAAUGACAGCCAGGUAGCAGAGGCACAAUCUCGAGGUGUCAAAGACGACCUCUCCGAACUCAAGCAAACCCUAACUCGCCAAAUCUGGGGCAUGGCCUCCUUCCUCGCACCCCCUCCAUCGCAACCCUCCACGCUCUCCCCCCAUUACCGCCAUUCCGAGCCGUCCGAUCAGUCUAAGUCCGGUGACAGAGAGGAUCCGUCGGAUGACGCGGCCUCUUGGAUCCGGAGCGAUAUCGGGGAGGACGAAGGGACGUUCAGGAGCGGAGUCACGGAUAUCUCGAAGAUGGCGUUGAAUUUUCUUCCCCUUGGGUCGGAGAGAUAUGAGGGACUAUUGGAGGAGCGUGGUUUAGGAGAAUCCGUAGGGAUUACCGAUGAGGUUUUGGCGUUUGCGAGGAAUAUCGCGAUGCAUCCCGAGACGUGGUUGGAUUUUCCGCUGGAUGAGGAGGAGGACUUGGAUGAUUUUGACAUGUCUGAUGCCCAACAAGAGCAUGCUUUGGCUAUCCAACAUCUUGCCCCCAGAUUAGCUGCCCUGAGAAUUGAACUUUGUCCUUGCCAUAUGAGUGAGAGUUACUUUUGGAAAGUCUACUUCGUGCUUCUGCACUCUAGACUUAAUAAACAUGAUGCGGAUGUCUUGUCUAGCCCCCAGGUAGUGGCUGCCCGAGCAAUGUGGAUGCAGGAGCUACAAAAGAUAACAAAGGAGAAUACUGACUGGUUUGCAAGAAGCACUUCCUAUUCAAAGGACAGUGCCAACAUACUGGAGGAAGAUUUCGAUCCUAUACCACCCAUAUUUUCAUUUGAACCUUCAAGCUCCACUGUAGCUACAGAUUUUGAGACUGAGAAGCACCCAAUUGAAAGUACUGAGUUGGAAUUUAUUGAUAAGUCUGUUAUUGUGGAGGAACCAACAAUUAAGACUGAGAACAAGGAUUUACUUGGUGGUCCAUCCUCUAAACUACUGGUACAGAAUUUUGAAGAUGAUGAGGAUGACUGGCCUGAGGAAGAUUCUGAACUAGGUAGGUAUAGUGGAGGUGCCAUUUGUGUGGGGAAUGAAGAUGACAUAUCUUUCAGUGAUCUUGAGGAUGAUGAUUAUUCGAUUGUACCUAUAACAUCAAAGUAGCAUCUAAGGGUUAGGAAUCUUGACGACAAGUCCAUGAUUGCCCAUGAGCUUUUGCUGAUUGGACAAAAGAUGGAGCUGGAAUGUUUUCCAACAUGAAACUCUGCCUAGGUUUUUAAAAAAAAUUCCUCAUCUGUACUUAAGACUGACCAGGGUUCAAGUGAAAGUGUCACAUGAGCUUUCUGUACAUAAUGAAUGGUAAUCUGUUUUGACUGGUUGUGUGAGAAUUGGAACAAACACAUUCGAGUGAUUCGCCAAGGUACAAAGCUGUUGUCAUCGAUGGUCAAAGUUUUCUGAAGAUUGGAUUGCGAGGACUGGGCGAGACAAAUCCUGGAACAAAAAAUAUCCUUGUAUUAGUUGUUGCACACGUCAUGCCUCAUUUUAAGGAUGCG